AUGAAGCUGAAAAUAAUUGUUUCUGCAUUAUUUAUAACAGCUAUUGCCGCUGAAAGCAUAAGCUAUGAUGGUUAUAGUCUAUUCAAAUUAACUCCUAAAACAGAAAAUGAUCUGAUACUUUUGAAAGAUCUGCAAAAAAAGGGAGUAGGCGAGUUUUGGGAAGAUCAGUUUUAUAAAAACUAUGAAAUGCGAAUUAUGGUGCCGAGAGAAAAUAAAAUUUUAUUUAAUUCUAUACUUGAAAAAUCUGAUAUGGUUGCUGAAGAGGUGAUUAAGGAUUUGCAGAGAGCAAUCGACGAUCAAUUAAAGCCGGUACAGCGGAGCGCGCAGGAAAGUCAUUCAUUUCUUUCAAUGAACUGGAACCAAUAUUACAGUCUUGGAGAAAUUUAUGAUUGGCUCGAUGAAGUUCAAAAAAACUACCCUGGUAUUGUCACUUCAGUUACUAUGGGCGCUUCAUUCGAAAAUAGACCAAUAAGAGGAAUCGUUAUCAAUUAUAAACAGAACAGGAAUAACACAUUGAUUGGGAUGCUACAAGGUACGCUUCACGCCAGAGAAUGGAUAACAACUGCAACAAUAACUUGGAUAAUUAAGGAGUUCCUUACAAGCACUAAUAGUGAUGUUAGAGCGUUGGCGGAAAACCUAGAAUGGCAUUUAUUCCCAGUGGUCAAUCCUGAUGGAUAUGUAUAUACUUUUACAACGAACAGAAUGUGGAGAAAGAACCGAAGCACUCGAAAUUUUACAUCUUGUGUCGAAACAGGUGUGGCAGAUGAUAUGAGCAAUGGUGUUGAUUUGAACAGAAAUUUCGACUACUCUUGGAAUACAAUUGGUACUUCAGAUAAUCCAUGCACUAAUACCUUCGCCGGACCCAGCCCGGCUUCUGAGCCGGAAUCAAGAGCUAUAUCAGAAUAUAUCCUGCGAGUGAAUAGCCAAGGGCGUUUCAUCUAUUUCAUAGACUUCCAUUCCUACACUCAACUCAUAUGCAUCCCGUAUAGCGAUGUCAAUGGGAACGAUGUUCUGUUGGCAGAUAAUUAUGCCGAUAUGUUUGAAAUAGCUGCAAGAGGCGCUGCGAAACUUGGAAGAAGAUAUGGUACAAGAUACAGAGUUGGAGUAGCAUCUGAUAUUCUUUAUCCUAUGAGCGGUACUACCUUUGACUGGGCGAAAUACGCAGCGGGCGUCCCAGUAUCUUAUCUAAUCGAACUGAGAGACUUAGGGGAGUAUGGCUUUCUGUUACCCGCUGAACAGAUUAUGCCAAACAAUUUAGAAAUUAUGGAUGCAUUACUUGAAAUGGACAAGACAACUAGAGAAUUGGGAUAUUAUUCGGGUGUGAAAAAAAUAACUGAUUACAAAGUAUUUAAGUUAAUUCCAAAAACAGAAGAAGAUGUCGACAUUAUAAAAAAGCUACACCACGAAAACAAAUAUUUGUUCUGGAGCGAUAUGAUCAAAGUUGGAAGUGAUGUGAGAAUUAUGGUUAAACCAGAAGAAGAAAAUGAUUUCAAGAUGUACGCAGAUAGUGUUGGUAUCAAUGCAAAAUUAAUAAUUCAGAAUGUUCAAAGUCUCAUAAAUGCACAGUUGAAAAGACCAUUAGGGCGAAGAUCGCAAGAAUAUAAUUGGGAUUACUACCAAACAUUAGAGGAAAUUUACGACUGGUUACACAAAAUCGCCGAAAAACAUCCUGACGUUGUAACAAUAAUAGAUAUAGGGAGAAGCGUGGAGGGAAGAGUAAUUAAGGGUGUCAAAAUUGAUUUUAAGAAGAAACCAAAACCAGUUAUAGGUUUCUUCGAAGGAGGUCUGCAUGCUAGAGAAUGGAUAUCUCCAGUAACAUUAACAUGGAUUAUAAACGAAUUCUUAAAUAGCAAAGACAGAAAAGUUAGGGAACUCGCAGAAAAUGUCGUUUGGCAUAUCAUCCCUAUAACCAACCCUGAUGGAUAUAAAUAUAGUUUUACUGACAAUCGAAUGUGGAGAAAGAAUCGAAACACCGCAAAUUUCACGUCCUGUGCUCAAUGGAAUCUUGAUGACGACAUGAGCAAUGGUGUUGAUUUGAACAGAAAUUUUGGCUACUUAUGGAUGAUGACUGGAGCAUCCCAGAACCCAUGCACUCAAAACUUCGCCGGGCCAGUUGCUUUUUCUGAACCGGAAUCCAUAGCUAUUGCUAAUUACAUCUUAGGCUUACAACGGCAAGGCAACCUUGUCUAUUAUAUGGGAUUUCACUCGUAUUCCCAGAUGAUUUUAAUUCCAUACAGCCAUGUUAAGGGAGCUGAUGUCUUGGAAGCUCCAAAUUAUGGUGAUUUGUUUGAAAUAGCGGUCAAAGGCGAAGAGAAACUGAAAGAAAGAUACAACACGAUAUACAGAGUUGGAACAUCGGCGGACAUUUUAUAUGAAGUUGCUGGUUCCAGUUUUGAUUGGGUUAAAGGAGCUGCCAAAGUGCCUAUAGUAUUUCUUUUUGAAUUACGUGAUUUAGGAGAAUAUGGUUUUCUUUUGCCGCCAGAACAGAUUAUUCCAAAUAAUGAAGAAAUAAUGGACGCGUUAGUUGAAAUGGACAGAGUGACUAGACAAAUAGGGUACUAUUAG